AUGGAGUGGAAGCUGGAAAGGCUGUCUGUCCCUAAAGUCAGAAGAGACGAGGGGGUUAUGUGGGAAAGUAUUAUGAAAACUCUUGGAAGAGAUUUGAAGAGGAGCAGGAAAUCGAAUUUACAGAGAAUCAACAAGACACCAGACUUCGGAAAAACUUCAUACUCUAAAUUCAAAAGAAGCAUCUUAAGGCGUCGUACAUGUCAAGUUCCAGUUGCAAGUAGCCCUAUCACCACUAGAGGGCACUGCUGUCAAGCGCAAACCUUAGACAACACAUUAUGCCAUGGCUCUGCUGAGUUGUCAAGUUCCUCUGAGGACCAUUGUGUGACACCAGAGCGGUUGGUCUUGUUACCAUACCUGACAGAUGUGUCCAGCACUAGUGACAGUGACUCUAAUCCAUCCGGAUCAAACGAUGCUCCUACCCAGACCCUCAGCAAAAAGUCCAUAAGAAAGUGUCUGCAUCAAAGCAAGCUGACAAUUGUCCAUCCGCAGGCAUUGCUCGGAUGUAUUGAAGAACGUAAGGAUGGAUUACCAAAACAACAAGAGUCCGGUAUCCGAAUCUGUGAGGGACACACAUGUACAGCCAGAGGCUGCCAAAACAAGAAAAACUUAUGUGAUAAUUCUUCUGGCUCAAAGAUCCGGCCAGAGAUGAAACUGCAUGUCACAGGGCUACGGAAUGAUUACUAUCUAAAUCUCCUGGACUGGAGUUCAAAAAAUCUUGUUGCCAUAGGAUUAAAAUCAGUGACAUAUAUCUGGAAUGGAGAAAAAAAUAAUGUUACACAAUCAAUACAUUUAGAUUCACCUUCCACAUAUGUUUCUUCAGUAUCAUGGAUAGCGGCUGGGACAUGUUUGGCCAUUGGGACCAGCAAUGGGGAGGUUCAGCUGUGGGACAUUGAGACCCAGAAAAGGCUAAGGAACAUGCUGGGACAUAUGUCUGUAGUUGGAGCUCUGAGCUGGAAUCAGCAUAUCCUCAGCAGUGGAUCCAGACUUGGGCAUAUACACCAUCAUGAUGUCCGUGUGGCAGAACACCAAAUGGGAACACUACGUCACCAGCAAGGCAUUUGUAGUCUAAAGUGGUCACCAUCAGAAAAGCACUUGGCCAGUGGAUCAAGCGAUGGGCACCUCAAUAUCUGGCCAUAUGAUCCAGGAUCAAUCAAGCUAAGCAAUCCUCUACAGAGCAUUCUACAUCCCACUGCUGUAAAGGCAAUGAAUUGGUGUCCAUGGCUCUCAGACACUCUUGCUGUGGGAGGUGGAAUGAGUGAUGGGAAAAUACGCAUCUGGGACACAACUAGUGGAAAAAACAUCAAAUCAUUUAAUACAAAUUCACAGAUCUGUUCUAUUCUUUGGCUGCCUGUAACAAGAGAGUUGGCCACCAGUCAUGGGACACCGAGAAGCCAGGUGACUGUGUGGCAGUAUCCAACUUUAUUAAAAAGGACAGAUAUAUAUGGUCACAAAGGAAGAGUUUUAUACCUGGCAUUAAGUCCAGAUCAGAAGAGGUUCUUUUCUGCAGCUGCAAAUGAAACAGCAGUUAUAUGGAAAUAUACAGAAUAA